AUGGCGGCGACAGUGCCAGUGGAACUAGCAGCAGCUUCAGCAGUAACAUCAUCAAUACCCACGAAUACUGCCACGGCGGCGGUCAGCCGGUCGAUAAGGUCGGGUCGUCACAACCGAGGCGAGCGAAUGACGUUUGAGCUGGAUGAUGUUUUGCGGGAAUACACCCCUGACCAAUUCAAGACGUGCAAGGCCUACGAUGUCGGGGGUGUCAACAUCCUGAACAAGAAGCCCGUCGAUUCCAAGACGGCCCUCGACAAGAUCAAGCGACGGAGGGAGACUCACAACCGAGUCGAGCGGCGACGCAGGGAUUGUAUCAACCAACUGAUAGAUGAACUCACGGCUUUACUACCCAAGGAGGACGACAAUGAUAUUUCCAAAUCUCAUCGGGUCAACAUUCUUCGCACAGCGAUUGCACACAUUCAGAACCUCACGCGGCAGAACGAGAAUCUUCAACAACAGGUCGACGCCCUCAAAGCUGGACAACCCAUGCCCCCACCCGCAAUCAUCACCACUCUUGCACCGAUGAUGGACUAUGACGACUCGGAAACGGCCUACAGCGACAAUUUACCUAGCCCGGGAUCUGCAUCCUACUCGGCGUAUUCUCCCAGGUCACCCUUGUCGCCGUCUGUCAGCGCAGCAGCAGGAGGAGCGUAUUCACCGCUGUCAAGUCCUGGUGGGCCUUUGAGUCCCUAUCACCCUUUGAACCCCUCAGCGGGUCAUGGAAGAGGCACUUAUCAGGAUUGGACUCAACCAUCGGGACAACUGAACUCUUCAUUUGGAGAACAAUCAACUUCAUACUCAAAUGAGACGAUGGCAUCGACAACAGCUCCUAUGCCGGAUAUACCCAUGAUUGUGGAACCUUCAGAGCAUGUUUCGACACCAGAAUCAGGGUCUUUGGGCACGGGUUCCAAGCGGCUGAACCGACAGACCCUGCCGCGGCUUCAAUUGGCCCCACCGCCUUUCCAUCAGCAUUCACAGCACCACAACCAUCACCAGCAACAACAACCGCAGGGGUAUUACCAGCAACAGCACCAUGGAUACCAACAGCAGCACUACCACGACCAGAGUCAUCACCCCCGCCGUAGUCGGUCCAACAGCGGAGGCGGAUACCCACAAUCGCCAUCAUACUAUGGCCACGACUCUGCAUCUGCGACCUCGCCCAACUCGACAUACUCGGACUUUUCGUCGUCCACAGGACCUUGGUCAUCCUCUUCUGGUGGACCAUAUUCAGCCGGACAGGGUGGUGGAAGAGGAGGUGGACCAGAGUCAAGUACAUCGUCGUCGUUUGAUACAAACGUAGCUGUUCUUCCAUUCAUCACAUCAAUGCUUCGCGCCAUCACUCACUCAGGAACAAGGACUGCAGCAGGAGGACCUGGCUUCCUCACCAACGCACUGCGUCUUGCCGUGUCAUCACCACUACCCAGACAGGCAUCCGUGAGAACAUGGACAAGCAUUCCUACCACAACCAUUAGUCACGACCAUGCACCCAUUGUUUCUGGAUUCCGGUCCUGUCAACGCAUGAGUGCAACUACUCGGGUCCUUCAGUCCUCCCUUCUAGCCUCUUCCGCGUCGCGUGGCCUUUUCACCGCCACCACUGGUUCAAAGGUAGUAGCAGGAGCAACAGUAACAGCAGGAAGAGUUAUGACAGGACAAGUCCGUCGUCUCACCUUCCAAGAACUCCAACACCAACAGUACAUCCGCAGCUUCAGCACCAGCGGUCUCAGAAACAGCAGAAACGCACUCACAAGGGUCGCCGGAAACUUCACCAUCGACUCGUCCAACAAGGUUGUCUACACGAUCCUUGCCAUCAACGUCACCGUCUUUGGAAUCUGGCAGUACGCCGAGGGGAACGCGAGGCGGUUCAAUGAUGGGCGAUUGUACAUGUUUAUGUUUCGUCAUUUCACGGAUUCGUUGCAGAAUUUGAAGGAAGGGAGAGUUUGGACGUUGGUGACGAGUGCGUUCAGUCAUAAGGAGUGGUAUCAUAUUCUUUUGAAUACCAUGGUCCUCCUUUCCUUUGGCGAUCCUGUGUGGCGAUUGCUAGGAACGAGGAAGUUCCUGGCAGUAUACCUGGGCUCGGCGAUCACAGCCUCCCUCUCGAGCAUAGUCUACUACGCAAACCUGGAACCCUACCUCCGCAGGAUGCAACACAAACCUCCCAGCAACUCAAUUCAUUACUCCAUGGGCGCAUCUGGAUCCAUAAUGGGGAUCACGACUGCCUUUGCGUGUGUCUAUCCCAUGUCCCAAUACUCCUUGUUCUUUGUCAUCACCAUGCCUGCCGCCGCUCUUAUCGGUCUCUUUGGCGUGUAUGAGCUGUACAAUGUCCUCGCCGCCAAUACGGGUCGAUUUGAUUCCGCUGGACAUCUAGGAGGCGGGCUGUUUGGAGCCGCGUACUAUUUUACAAAACUUCGGCCUCUUAUCCGUCGGUAG